AUGGAUAUCUCGACGCUCUUCAAUGUCAAGGACAAGGUUGUUCUAGUCACCGGCGGCGCGAAAGGUAUUGGGCGCAUGAUCUCACAGGGAUUUGUAGAGAAUGGUGCUACAGUUUUUAUCUCGUCGCGUGACGCAAAGGCAUGCGAGCAGGCCACGAAAGAAUUAAACGCUCUCGGCAAAGGCAAGGCGGACUGGAUCGCUGCCGACUUCUAUAAAGAGUCGGAUUGCAAGAAGCUUGCAGAGGAACUUGCGAAGAGAACGAACAAACUCCACGUCCUCGUUAACAAUUCUGGCUCGAACUGGGGAGAGCCAUACGACACAUAUCCAGACAGCGCCUGGGUGCGCGUACUCACGCUUAACCUGCAACGUGUCUUUACAAUCACUCAGCUCGUCACCCCUCUUCUUGAAGCCGCUGGCUCGUCCACCGACCCCUCGCGUAUUAUCAAUAUCGGUAGCGUUGAUGGUCUCCGCGUGCCGUCCCUCGAGACAUUUGCAUAUUCAGCCAGUAAGGCUGGUCUACACCAUUUGAGCAGAGUACUAGCAAGCCAUUUGGGUGCUAGGAACAUCACAAGCAACACCAUCGCCUGUGGGCCAUUCCAGAGCAAGAUGAUGAAAGCUACUCUCGAGAAAUUCCAGGACAUGAUUGAGUCCGGUAUCCCCCUCGGACGGAUUGGGACACCGGAAGAUGUUUCGGGAACUUGCCUCUUUCUCAGCAGCCGAGCCGGUGCGUAUGUUAACGGAGCGACGAUUACUUUGGACGGCGGUUCGGUAAUUAGUAGCUCGAAGCUAUGA